UUGAUGCUUGUAACAUGCCUUUCUCUCCGAAAAAUUGCCAAUUACAUACGUACGAAUGUAUUAUCAAGCCAUUACAUUAUCGUGAUGUGACUAACAGUGGUCCAAUUGAGUGGGAAACAGCAAUGAGGGUCAGCUGAUCCACAUAAAAUUGAUAAUUCACCGACAGCCACAGAUUAUAACACAGGAUUUUCCAAAAUUGUCACAACAUAGGCAAGAAUCAUGGCUUCAAGGCUCGACCGACUGUUUAUAUUAUUGGAAACUGGCACGAACCCGGUAACAAAACGAGCAGCUGCGCAGCAGUUGGGAGAAGUCCAGCGCCUGCACCCACACGAGCUUCACCACCUGCUCGGUAGAGUCUCAGCCCUCCUGAAAUCGCCGCAAUGGGACACACGAGUGUCAGCUGCUCAGGCUAUCCAGGCGAUCCUGGCUCAAGUCCCUGUUUGGGACCCAGAGCCAAUUGAGAGGAAGCCCCUAGAUGAAACAACCAAUGGAAAACGUCAAAAGGACCUCCACAAGAAUCAUUUGACCCUCCAGGGUUUCGACAUGGUUCAAGUCCUGGCAAUAAGUUCCCACUUGACAGGUUCUGAGGGCAGUGAAUAUGACCUUGUGAUAGCUGAGGGCGAACAGAACCCUUUGCAAGGCCAGAGUAGUCAGGUCCUAGCUGCCAAGCUUGGUCUCCAUCCAAGACUGAUGGGAGUAGAUCCCUCAGACCUUUUCACCCCUGAGGAUCUCACCAUUCCCCCUCAACCCCCCCAAACCUCCAAAAUGUCCAUUGACGAGACCCUGAGUGAACCUGGAGGCCUCAGCAGACGUGAGAUGAACAGAGCGAGACGCAAAGCUAGACAAUCAAUGUCGAAGCAACGAUCAAGAGAGCCUGAUGAACAAGAAACAAAUGAAUCGAUGAGAAAGAAAAUUAAAGUGGAGGAUCCAAUGCCCAUUGAAUCGUCCACGAAUGUCGAGGGAAAAGCGUGUGAAGCAGUGUCUGCUGGGGCUGUGCCUGAUGGCACUGGCUGCUGGCCCGAAACUGCCAUGGACUGGCCACUGGAGGUAUUCAGCGAGACGCUCUGCCAGGACCUCUUCAGUCAAAAAUGGGAGAUUCGUCACGGCGCAGCAACAGCAUUACGAGAGCUGGUUAGAAUUCACGGAAAGGGAGCGGGUAAGUCUCGAGAUCAAACUAAAGAAGAGAUGGAGAAGAGUCACCAAAGAUGGGUAGUGGACGCAGCACUGAGGCUCCUCUGCGUCCUCGGUCUCGACAGAUUCGGUGAUUUCGUGUCGGAUCAGGUGGUAGCUCCGGUCAGAGAGACCUGUGCCCAGGCCCUGGGUUCUCUCGUCCGUCUGAUGCCCCCCACCGAGGACAAAGGUAUCAUGGGGAUUCUCAAGUUCAUGUUAACACUCUUGAAGAAUGACGAGUGGGAAGCCCGACACGGAUCUCUCCUAGCCCUAAAAUACCUCCUAGCAGUUAGAGACGACUUACUCGAUCAGCUGCUCCCUCAGGCAUUUCCCGCUGUCAUGAGGGGUCUGGCAGACCCUGUGGACGACGUCGGAGCUGCUGCAGCUAGUGCUCUCAUCCCAGUAGCCCCAUCCCUGCCAAGAUUACUCAAACAUGAAGAGCUACAAGCAGUCGUGGCACGACUUUGGGAACUCCUCCGAGAGCAGGACGACCUUGCAGCUGCCUCCAACAGCUUCAUGGGUCUCCUCGCAGCAAUUCUAUCCCUCCCUGCAGCACGCGCCUGCCUAUCCCCUCAACCUCUCUCCAAAGUUCUCCCCAGACUCUGGCCUUUUCUGAGUCAUUCCAGCUCGAGCGUACGAAAAGCCACUCUCCAAACCCUUCAAACACUCACCGGAGAGGACGCAGAUCACUUCGAGAAUCGAAAAGAAAGAUGGGGUGAGGAAGGUGGUAUCGUCCUCCAGGAAGCCCUUCGUCACGUGUUCCAACGAGUCUUGAUCGAGCAUGUGGCAGCCAUCCAAGAAGUAGCUGAGAACGUCUGGGAGAACCUAGUCGUUAGAAGUGAUCUAGAAUUACUUCUGCAUGCAGCUUGUCCUUUAGUAAGUACUUGGCUGUGUCUAGCCAUGCAGCCAGACUACGCGCCUUUUAACCCUAGUCUCCUCAACCCCAUCCUCACGACAAGUCCCCCCAAAUCCCUUCCCAAACACACUAAUGGAGACGGACAAUCGGACUCAAGUAGCUCCUCUCUCAGCAUCAGUGGCAAGUCCACCUCGGAAUUGAAAGUUUACAUCGGUGGUAUUGAAACAGUUCCCCAGAACGUCAGACUAUCGAACACUGUGAGGGCCAGGAUAAUGGCGUCGAGAAUGCUGGGUCUCCUCUCGAAAUACGUAGUUCAACCUGCCCCAGGGGUUGUAUAUACUCCAGACAUCCCUAGUCCAGCAUUAUGUUACGCUCGUGUACUACUAGUUCACCUGGCCUCACGCUCAGCCCUCCAGAGAGCAGUAGUUGGACUGACGAUCGCCCACUGGGCAUCACUAGAACAUCCCCAUCCCCCAUCGAUCCCAGACAUCCUGAGGGAUAAACUCCUGGGGUGUUUAAACGAAUGCGUCUACUAUGACGAAAUCGCUGGAGCAUUCACCAGGCUUCUCCACGAAAGUAAGGAUUACGUCGCAACGUUGAAACAUUACAAACUCUCUCUACCAGUGGAUAUUGAUAACUCUGGCUCCAGUGUUCUGACAUUAGACCAAAUUGCGACGUUAGCUGGCAAGCCAGUGGGUACACUUCAAGUAAUCUCAGCCACUGGCAUCCCAACUCCCAACAAACUCAAGCCAAAAUUGAUAACUGAACUUGAAGAGCGAAGGAGAGCACUCGAAGUUGGAGCUACCAAUACAGCUGCCCAGCAGCAGAAUCUCAAUACAAUGGCGAUGGCUGCUCUGGCAGGGGCUGCAACAAUGCUCCAUUGCCUUCCAGAACCACCCAGACCUCUGAAUCCUUUAGUCAAACCACUGAUGGAAGCUAUCAAACGCGAAGAGGACGAAGAUCUACAGAAACUGGCUGCCAAACAUUUGUCACACCUCGUCGAUCUCUGCGCCGAGCGCACACCAUCACCAAAUGCAAAGAUAACCACGAAUCUCUGUACAUUCUUGUGCUCGGAUACUGAGUUUACACCUAGAGUGACUGAUAAAGAGACUGAUCCAUUCGAUGGUAUUUUGACCCUUAAUAAUCGUCAGAGACAGGCGGAGAGGGUGACCUAUAGUCGUGGCACUGGCGUGGGAGGAUCUGGAGGGGGGAGGGGACCUGGGAGGCCUCCAGCUACAGAUAUCCCUCUGGAGGAGCUUCUUGCGUACGAGGAGCCAGAGGCCAAGGCCUCCAGAACUAGGCGAAGAGGGGCGACAUUAGCUCUGACAGCGAUAGCUGGUUUAAUUGGGGCGACAUUGCCCUCGAGGCUGCCUCACCUUUGGGACAUCAUGGUGGUGAAGAAUCAGAAGAAAAAUGAGAUCAAGGUUGAUAAUGAGGGGAGUGAGGUGCAGAGGGAACGAGUCAACAAUCUCAUAUUUGGACUCCAAGUCUUGGAGAUUGUUUCACCUAGUCUUGAUAAGUCGUUACUAUCACCAGUUUUAGACUGUCUGCCGAGAUUGUGUAGUCUAUUGGAGCACGAGUAUAAAGGGGUGAGGCACAUGGCUGCUAGGUGCAUCGCGACAUUGGCUGUGUUGGAUACUGAGAAAACAAUGGAUUUCGUUGUCAAGUUGGUUGUUCCUCUGCUGGAGGCACGUAAUGCUGAAGCCAGUACUCAUGUUUUAGCAGCACCGAAUGAGGUUGAUGUUCGGAGGCAGGGAGCUGCUGAGGCACUCACCUGUAUCGUUGAUAGUCUUGGGGUCAAUGUUGUGCCGUACGCUGUGUUGUUCAUGGUACCAUUGCUCGGUAGAAUGUCUGAUCAGAAUUACGCGGUCAGAUUGGCCUGCAAUGCAACAUUCGCAACAUUGGUUCAGCUACUGCCACUGGAUCCAGGGGCUAUUUCUGAUCCCCCGAAUCUUGUGGAGGAGAAGGCGCAGGAGAGAAAGUUCUUGGAGCAGUUGUUGAAUCCUAGGAGCAUACCUGACACUCAGCUGACGAUUCCAGUGGCAGCUGAGUUGAGAUCUUAUCAACAGCAGGGGUUGAACUGGCUGGACUUUUUGAAUCGGUACAGGUUGCAUGGGGUUCUUUGUGACGACAUGGGACUUGGUAAAACGUUGCAAACACUCUGCAUCCUGGCUCUGGAUCAUCACAGGAAUACUCAGGCUCCACCAAGCCUCGUCGUCUGCCCACCGACUCUAACCGGCCACUGGGUGUACGAAGCUGAGAAAUUCUUUCAAGCCGAGGAUCUCUCGGUCAUUCAAUACGGGGGAUCCCCGCCAGAACGAGAAAAACUCAGACCUCGAGUCUCCCAUUACCGCCUAGUCAUAGCAAGUUACGAUAUUGUCCGGAAGGACAUCGAAUUCUUCGAGAAUGUCCAGUGGAAUUACUGUGUCCUCGACGAGGGACACAUUAUAAAGAAUGGAAAAACCAAGAGUGCGAAAGCUGCAAAAAAACUUCACGCCUAUCAUCGUUUAAUCCUGUCAGGAACCCCAGUGCAAAACGAUGUCCUAGAACUCUGGUCAUUAUUUGAUUUCCUCAUGCCAGGAUUCCUCGGUUCUGAAAAGCAAUUUGCAGCGAGGUAUUCUCGGCCAAUUCUGGCCUGUCGAGAGCCCAAAGCUGGACCCAAAGAGCAAGAGGCUGGAGCCCUAGCGAUGGAGGCCCUUCACCGUCAGGUUCUCCCAUUCUUACUGAGACGAAACAAAGAGGAUGUGUUGAAGGAUCUCCCCCCUAAAAUCACUCAGGAUUAUUACUGCGAUCUCUCACCACUACAGAAGAGUCUUUAUGAAGACUUCAAGAUGCGUAACUCAGCUACUCUGAUUCCAAACUCAUCGCCAAGCUCAACAACGACUAAUCCACCUAGGGGACAGGUGUUCGAGGCAUUGAGGUACCUCAGGAACGUGUGUAAUCAUCCUAAAUUGGUUUUGGGACCGAGACAUCCGCUUUAUCAGACUAUUUGUGCGCAAAUGAAGCAGCAGCAGACGACUUUAGGGGAGAUUGAGCAUGGAGCGAAGUUGCCAGCGUUGAAGCAGUUGCUGUUGGAUUGUGGCAUUGGACAGCAGAAUCAGAUGCUUCAGAAGGCACAGCCUGUGAUGGAUGGACAGGCACAGCAGCAGCUGGUCAGUCAGCACAGGGCUCUGAUUUUCUGUCAGCUGAAGGCUAUGUUAGACAUUGUGGAGAAGGAUCUGCUAGCUGUGCAUCUGCCCUCUGUCACGUAUUUGAGGCUCGAUGGGGGAGUCCCGGCGACACAGAGACACGCUGUCGUCGCCAGGUUCAAUGCUGAUCCCUCUAUUGAUGUGCUACUGUUGACUACUCAGGUGGGAGGGCUAGGGUUGAAUUUGACAGGGGCAGAUACUGUCAUCUUCGUGGAACAUGACUGGAAUCCGAUGAAAGAUCUGCAGGCUAUGGACAGGGCACAUAGGAUUGGACAGAAAAAGGUGGUCAAUGUUUAUAGAUUGAUCACCAGGGCUACUGUCGAGGAGAAGAUCAUGGGACUUCAGAAGUUCAAGCUGCAUACUGCUAACACAGUCAUUUCCACGGAGAAUGCGGCGUUGGAGACUAUGGGAACCGAACAAUUACUAGAUUUAUUUUCAUUGGACAAUGGAAAAGAAAGAAAAGCCAGUGAGCUGGGUAUACCCCGAUCAAUCACUAAUGUACCUGGAUUGAGCAAAACAGUGUUGGAGAUACUGCCAGAACUCUGGGAACAACAGCAGUACGACGAUGAGUACGACCUCGACUCAUUUCUGUCGAUGCUGAAGGGUACCACCAACUAAUGACAAGAAAUUUUAAUUACGAAGAAACAAUACAACGAUGUCAAGUAAGAAUUCGAAGACUUCUCACGUAUGAGACAGCCAUAAAACUGUCAAUUGAGACAAAAACACUAUUAUCUAUGUCAAAUCAAUUAUAAAAGUUAAGGACAUGAUCAAUUAAUUAAGUAAGUUACUAUGAGUGCUUUUUUUUGUUUCUUUAUUUAUAAUAACUUAUAAAAAAAACGAAAAUCAUCAAUACAAUUCCCUAUUUGUACCAGAAA